AUGUCAUGCAGCGAUUGCUCCACAGAAAAACCCUCCGAAAAUUCCACGUGCAAGUCUAGCCCAGACCAUGACGGCUCCCUUCUGCGAAGACCUUUUCAGUUAAUCGUUAAAUAUCUACCGGAAGGCUCCGCAUUGCUUUCAUCUUCGUGUUGUUGGCUACCAGCUGUCCUCGAUUUUCUCUUUGCGGGUUCGGUGGCCACUGCUGGCGUCGAGAAACUGCGAAAUGCUUUUCUGGCGGUUUCUAUUCUGACCCUUAUCUGGGGUGUGUGGCGCGAGGGACUCAGUCGUAGAAUGGUAUGGCGGAUUGCGAUCUGUGUCGGUUUGUCGGCUUGGGAGCAAAUGAAUCAGUGGGCAAAGGUCGAUGGCAAGGGGCAUCACAGCUGCCAUUAA